AACGAAAUAGUCUGUAGGCUUUGUGAAUAUGCGCGCGAAACUAAUUUUAAUUUCGCUGUUUCUAUGGGAACUGAUUCCUCCAUUAUUUUGUAAACACACGAUUUGCUUAAAAUUUUUGCCACGUAUAUUAUAUUAGAUGCAUUUUUGAUUUUUUAGUUGAUGAAAAUAUUUAGGUAUGUCUAGAAAAUCAUGUCACACAGAGUAUAGACUUGUGAAAAACAACUUCAGAAAUAAGAAUAUGAAUACUUAUAGCUAUCCUGCUUUGAGAACUGUAGAUGUUACCCCUGGUGACAGAAAAGAAGUGGAACUUUUAUCGCAAGGCUUUGCAAGGAAACUAUUGCUUCCUAAACCAGGUCCAAAGAAAGUAAUAGGGUUUAUGAAGCAAGAGAAGCUAGAACAGCUACAGAAGGCCGCAGCUACAAAGAUUAAUGAAGAAGAAGCAGCCAAAAAAGCAGAACAAAUUAAACUUAGAGAACAACUUCAGAAAGAGCAGGAGGCUCGAAGAGUAGAAUUUGAAACUUGGGAUUUAAUGAGGAAGAAAAAUGAGAAACUUACUGAAUUAGAAGAAGAAGCUAAGCAGAAAAUGGAAUAUCUGAGAGAAAAAGCCAAUGAAGCUAUUAGAGAGCAGAAUGAGGAAAUAAAGGAAAUUAACAAGCUAAUAUUGAGUGCUAAAGUUCAGGCAAUAAGAGAUGCUCAGGUUGAAGAAAAGAAACAUAUAAAAAAGAAACAUGCUAUGGCAGAAGCAGAUCUGGAUGAAAUAAUGGAACGAGAAAGAAGAGAAGGAGUUUUAAAAGAGAGAGAAAUUGAAGAAAGAAGAAAAGAAGCUGCUUACAAAUCAGCAGCAAAACUGCAAGAGCAGAUAAAAGAAAACUUAGAAAGGAGAUUACUAGAUGAAGAGCGAAAAAUAAAAGAAGGGGAAAUAUUGCUGAAAAAACUGAAAGAAGACCAAAUGAGAGAGUAUCAGGAAAUGAAGAACAAGCAGCUUAAAAAACAAGCUAUUUUGGAAGAAUUAACAAAAGCAAAUGAGGAACAACUGAAAAGAAAGCAGAUCAUGAAAGAACAAUCAGAGAGGGAAGAUAAAAUAAUAGCAGAAUAUCAGAGGCUCAAAGCAGCUCAAGAUGAAGCUAAAGAAGCUGCUGAGAAAGAAGCUAAGCUAAAGCGGGAGCUUGAGUUGGCUAGGAUGGGAGAAAUUCGAGGAAAAGCUUCAGAUCUGCAGGCUGAACAAGAAGCACUUCGUGCACGAAGAGCUCAAGAAGUAAAAGAAAGGGAAUAUAGAAGGAAAGAAAAAGAGGCAGCUUUAAAGAAGAAACAAUUACUGCAAGAUUUAAAAAAAUGUAGGGCUGAACAGUUAGAGCAGCAAGAACGUCUAAGGCAAAUCAAAGCUGAAGCAGAAAUUAAAGAGUUAGAAGCUUUGUUAAAGAAAAUUAAGGAAGAAACUAAACAAGAGGAAAGAAAAGCUCUUAUGAAGAAAUUAGAAAAUUUGAAACAUUUAGAACAGCUUAAAAACCAAAUACAAAAGAAAGAAGUAGAAAAAAUAAAUGAAAAACGAGAUUCCUAUAAUGAAGGCAUACAUUUACAGCAAGAAGAAAAGCGCCGGCGUGAAAUGUUGGAAGUUUUAAAGAAAGAAAAGUUACAAGAUCUGCGGAAGUAUAAUAUUCCAGAGACAUAUAUCAAUCAUAUAAAAAGGAAGGUGAAUUUGGAGGACUAAGAUCAAUAUAUGAUGCUAUUGUUACUUUUAUUUGCUCAUAAAAUGAUUUCAAUCAGUAAUAUUUUCACAAAAUAAUUUUUAUAUUAUCAAACAUACAUAAUAUUAAAUUAUUUAUACACCCAGGGCAUUGAUAAAUCAUUUUUUGUAUUGUUAUAUGUAGAAAAGGCAAACUAUUUUAUAAUCUUAUUUUAACUAGGGAUAUUUUAAAUAUACUUUUAUUCAAUAACAAAUGGAAAACUCAUGUUCCACAAAGUAUGCCACUAUGCUUACACGUUUAAUUAGGGAUAACAGUUCCUUUUCAUAUUAAUCUUUCCCUAAAAUCUGCUAUUCUCAUUUUACAGAAUAAUAUUUUCAUAGCUGCUAGUAUAAAAUUUUUCAUUUGCCUGUUUGGUUAAUGCAUAUGACAUUUUAUAAGAGGGUUAAAAUUUUAAUUUUUUAAUAAUCACGAUACUUUCAGUAUUCAAAGGCAGAUAAAAAAAAAUGAAGAGACUCCUCUUCGUAUAUGUCAUAUGGCUCCAAUUAAAUUUUAGUUACACCCCCCCUUUUUUUUCAAAAUAAGUACCAUUUAGAGAUGUUAAUGCAUUAUAAAUUAUAGAAAGAAUAACCAUAAAUUUGACUGUUCUAAAUAUAGCAUCAAUCACCAAUCUAUUAUAUAAAAGGCAUCUCUAUUAAGUUGCUUAAUGAAAUUUGGUUUUUCAAAAUUUGGGUCAACUUUUAAAGAUGACCCAAAUUAGUUUAUAUUUUGUCUAAUAAUAUGUUCAAUGAUUCUGAUUGAUACAGUAAAUAAGAAAAAGUUAAAACAUUUUUAUUUAUAAUGUUUGAUAAUGCAUACAGAUAAAUUACAGCAACAGCUUAAUCACAAUAAAUAUAAAAAGUUUUAUUUCUUAUGAUAUAUACACAAUAUUUACAAUCAACAUUAGGGAUGAAAUGUCAUCUUGAACUACAGGAAAUUUAAAAUAAAUUAACAAUAGAUAAACUGAUUUAGUUAAAUCAAUUUACAGAGGGAAAUAUAUAACAACCCCCCCC